AUGUCGAAGAACCCUACCGCUCUCUACCUCGGCAUUGCUGCCCUCGGCGCCGGUGGCUAUUACAUGUACCGCGCUGGAGGCGAUCCGAAGGUUGCGAAGGAGGAGAUGAGACAUGACGCCCACCUCGCCCGUCUCAAGGCACCCACAGGCGAUCAAGCCGAGAAGGCAGGUGAAAAGGCAGCGUAUGAGGCACGGUUGAAUGUUGAUGAGGCGAUCGACACCGCCAGCAAAGACGCCAAAGAUAGCAUGAACCGUCUGGAGAAAAUUGGUCGCGACAAGACGGCUGAGUUGCGCUCAGGAGCAGAGAAGUUGGAGGGUAAGGUGGAGGAGAAGGCGGCGGAGGCGAAGGGGGCCGUGUCGGGGUGGUUUGGGGGGAAGAAAUAAUAAUCUUACAGCCUCUUGGAAGUGAUUUAUAUGCUUGAUGAUGAUGAUGAUGAUGAGGAGGAGGAGGAGGGAGGUGGUUGAUUGGAAAAUGAGAGCUUAGCUGGGCUGGGCUUUAUGAUGAUGCUGAUGCUGAUGCUGUUUUAAUAUGCAUCGUUCAUCUACUUUUAUAAUUAUUGUGAUGAUAAGAAUGACGAGUUGCGUCUUGUCUGGAUAUGUUGUUUGUGUACUUAUCUACGUAUAUCUGGGUUAAGGUGAUGGUGUUAUGUUAAUGAAUGAUGCAUUUAUCU